AUGGUCAAGUUCACCUCCAUCAUCGUCGCCACCGUCGCGUUCUUUGCCGCCACGGCAUCCGCCCAGAUUAGCACCGCACCCCUCGAGGUCACCGCUAGACAACUCGAGCGUCGUAAUGUUGGCCCCGGCUCCAUUGUCAAACGUAACGACGUUUCUACCGCCGAACAAAAGAUCAUCCUCGAUACUCAUAACAAGUACCGCGCCCGCCACGGUGCUCCCCCGUUGACUUGGAACGCCCAGGCUGCCGCCUUUGGAAACAACUGGAUCCAGGCCUGUCAGUUCAAGCACAGCGGUGGCAAGUACGGAGAGAACUUGGCCGCAGGUUACAAGGACUUCAAGACUGGCAUUGACGCCUGGUACAACGAGGUCAGCAAGUACAACUACAAGAACCCCGGUUUCUCCAUGACCACUGGUCACUUCACCCAGGUCGUCUGGAAGGACACCACGUCUGUCGGAUGCGCCAAGAAGUUCUGCCCUGGAUCCAACUGGACUAUCUACAUCUGCAACUAUGACCCCCCAGGCAACUACGAGGGCGAGUACGAGCAGAACGUCUUGCCUGCCAAGUAA